GUCCACUCAACUGUCAGCAGCAGCAGCAAUGGAGACAGCCUCUUUCUCUCUUCUCCACAGUCUUCCCAUUUCCAGAACUGCAAUUCCAGAAAUUACCAAAAUACCCCUCACUUCCACGCUCUUCUCUUCCACAUUCUCAUCCUCCUCUUCUUCCUCUCAUCGGAAUCCCAUCUCUCCCAGCAGAAAUCCACGACUCUCUCGAUCUAUCAUCGCUUUCAAUGCAUCGGCUGGCGAUGCAGAUUCCAUUACGUCGCAGGAACUUGCUCUUCUUCUUGAAGUAGAAGGGGUACUUGUGGAUGUCUAUCGGUUAGGAAACCGUCAAGCAUUCAAUGCAGCAUUUCAGAAGUUAGGGCUGGAUUGUGCAAAUUGGACAGAUCCAAUAUAUUUAGAUCUUGCAAGGAAGGCUAGUGGUGAUGAGAAAAGGAUGCUGGUCAUAUUUUUUAACAGGAUUGGUUGGCCCACUUCAUUGCCUACUAGUGAGAAAGAAAACUUCAUGAAAAGUGUUCUACGAGAAAAGCAAAAAGCUUUGGAUGAGUUUGUGAUGACACAGAGCUUUUCAUUACGGCCUGGAGUUGAAAAUUUUAUUGAUGAUGCAUGCAGUGAAGGUAUACCUGUUGUUUUACUCACUGCCUACAGUAGAAACGGGGAUAAAAUGGCCAGGGCUGUCAUUGAAAAGCUUGGUCAUGAAAGAAUUUCUAAAAUAAAAAUAGUGGGGAAGGAGGAAAUGGAAGGAAGCUUUUAUGGUCAACUUGUACUUGGUAAAGGAGUUUCUUCUAGUUUGGAUGAACAGCUAGCUAAAGAGGCAAGAAAAGCAGCUUCUGUCGAGAAGCAAAGGAUAGCUGAGGAGGUUGCGUCAUUGCUAAAACUGAGUGUUGAUAUUGACACCAUCCCCUCUGAAAGCUUGGAAAAGAUUGUGGCAACAUUGCGUGCUGGUGCGGAGUAUGUGGGACUGCCUGUGCAAAACUGCAUUCUCAUUGCAGGUAGUCAGCCUGGAUUGCUUGGAGCUGAGUGUAUAGGCAUGCCGUGUGUGGUCCUUCGGAACAGUGCAGUUUUUCCAUGGAGUCAUGUGAAGGUGUAAAUAUCAACGGUCAAACAGUCUCCUAAUUUCCAUUGUGCCCCUUAGAAAUUGAUUUGAUGUCCUUUCUUGGCAACAUUGGAUGUCCACACAUUUUUCAGAGAAUCAUCGAAAUGGAAAAUGGAAAUGGAAAUCGUAAUCAAUUUUGGGCUGAAGGAUCCCUUAUCCUUUACCCAACUUGGGUAUCUAAUAUUCUGAAGGAUCCAAGUAUCAAUGGUUGGUUGCCUGCGACCAUAGUUAUGGGUUCAAGCAUCCAUUGUGGUGUGAGUGUGCGGGCAUGUGUAGGGUGUGUGAGUGCAUGUGAUAUUAAAAAAAAAGAGGGUAUCAGUGGUUGAAAUUGUUGCAUUUAAUAGUUUUGGGCUGUUGAAGGUGGAUACUAGAUCCCAAUAUCCUGUUGUAUGAACCUCAUCCACACUGAUAAAUAUUAUAUAAAUCAUUACACGAGCAA